GCUAAGCCAAGGCUGAAUGCUCACGGAGUAGCAAUUUAAGUGGCUGUGUUUAUUCUGAAGCCCUCAGGCAGCCACACUGCCCCAGGCAAAUCUUGAUAAAAUAACCCUUUUCCAGGUUUCUAGUGAAGGAAUCCUAAGAAGACCUGCGAAUGGAAAGACAGCAAGUGUCAGAGAAGGAUAGGUAUCAGUUUCAACAUGAGGGAGCAGUGGAGCUGCUUGUCUUCAAUUUUUUGCUCAUCCUUACCAUUUUGACAAUCUGGUUAUUUAAAAAUCAUCGAUUCCGCUUCUUACAUGAGACCGGAGGGGCGAUGGUGUACGGCCUCAUAAUGGGAUUAAUCUUACGAUAUGCAACGGCACCAACUGAUAUUGAAAGUGGAACUGUGUAUCACUGUGGAAAACUGGCCUUUAGUCCAUCAACUCUGCUGAUUAAUAUCACUGACCAAGUUUAUGAAUAUGAAUACAAGAGAGAAAUAAACCAGCACAACAUCAGUCCCCACCAAGGCAAUGCUAUCCUGGAAAAGAUGACAUUUGAUCCGGAAAUCUUCUUCAAUGUUUUGCUGCCGCCGAUUAUAUUUCAUGCAGGAUAUAGCCUGAAGAAGAGACACUUUUUUCAAAACUUGGGAUCUAUUUUAACGUAUGCCUUCUUGGGAACUGCCAUCUCCUGUAUCGUCAUAGGGUUAAUUAUUUAUGGCUUUGUGAAGGCUAUGGUAUAUGCUGGCCAGCUAAAAAGUGGAGACUUCCAUUUCACUGACUGUCUGUUUUUUGGUUCACUGAUAUCUGCUACAGAUCCAGUGACUGUGCUGGCCAUCUUCCACGAGCUGCACGUUGACCCCGACCUGUACACACUCUUAUUUGGGGAGAGUGUGCUGAACGAUGCAGUGGCCAUAGUCCUUACAUAUUCUAUAUCCAUGUACAGUCCCAAGGAGAAUCCAAAUGCAUUUGAUGCUGCAGCAUUCUUCCAGUCCGUGGGGAAUUUCCUGGGGAUCUUCGCCAGCUCAUUUGCCAUGGGGUCUGCGUAUGCUGUUGUCACAGCACUUUUGACCAAGUUCACCAAGCUGUGCGAGUUCCCUAUGCUGGAAACAGGCCUGUUUUUCCUCCUGUCUUGGAGUGCCUUCCUGUCUGCGGAGGCCGCCAGCCUGACAGGGAUAGUUGCUGUUCUCUUCUGCGGAGUCACACAGGCACAUUAUACCUACAACAAUCUGUCAUCGGAUUCCAAAAUGAGGACUAAACAGUUGUUUGAAUUUAUGAACUUCUUGGCUGAGAACGUCAUCUUCUGCUACAUGGGCCUGGCGCUGUUCACAUUCCAGAAUCAUAUAUUUAAUGCUCUUUUUAUACUUGGAGCAUUUCUAGCAAUCUUUGUGGCCAGAGCCUGCAACAUAUAUCCCCUCUCCUUCCUCCUGAAUCUGGGCCGAAAACAAAAGAUCCCCUGGAACUUUCAGCACAUGAUGAUGUUUUCAGGCCUGCGAGGAGCUAUAGCAUUUGCCCUAGCUAUUCGGGACACAGAAUCUCAGCCCAAGCAGAUGAUGUUUACCACCACGCUGCUGCUCGUGUUCUUCACAGUCUGGGUGUUUGGAGGGGGAACAACCCCCAUGCUGACUUGGCUUCAGAUCAGAGUUGGUGUGGACCUGGAUGAAAAUCUGAAGGAGGAGCCCUCUUCACUCCAGGCAAAUAAUUUGGAUCACUCAAUAUGUAAAGGGGAGAGCUCUGGGAUGUUCUAUUCCUGGUAUAAAUGGCCUCACAGAUACCUGAAACCAAUUUUAACCCACUCUGGUCCUCCGCUGACCACAACGUUGCCUGAAUGGUGCGGUCCAAUUUCCAGGCUGCUCACCAGUCCUCAGGCCUAUGGGGAACAGCUAAAGGAGGAUGAUGUAGAAUGCAUCGUAAAUCAGGAUGAACUGGCCAUGAAUUACCAGGAACAAGCCACCUCACCCUCCAGUACUCCUGCAAGGCUGGGUCUGGACAAGAAAGCUUCACCCCAGACUCCAAACAAGGAAAACAUUUAUGAGGGGGACCUCGGCCUGGGAGGCUAUGAACUCAAGCUUGAGCAAACUCUGGGUCAAUCCCAACUGAAUUAAUGGGCAUGAGAAGUGCGGGUGUAAUCACAAGUAAUGAAGGGCUCACUGAGGAACACAAGCCAAGCUGACGAGGCAGUGCAGAGCAGAGGCUGGAAAAUAUAUUGAGCAUAAAUUGGAGAGAAUCAAAACCUUGUCAUAUGUAUCCUCUGGUGCCUGAAGAAAUGAGAAUUUAUUAUCAUCCCUGUAUAUUAUGCAACUGAAUUUAAGUUUUGACAGCAACCAUUCUUAUUAAUGAAUUGGGCAGGGUGGGAAAGGAGAGGGGAGGAAGGCAGGAGUCCAGCUGCUGUAAGGACGAGACACGUGUUCUGUGUCUGCAGUAUGUUUCUUCUCUGCAUGCAGCACUCUAGGCCCUUCACUUAGAUUUUUGGAUUUUAUUUGCAUCAUUAUGGAGAGUUAAAGCAUAAGAAAAAGAGUUUCUGAGCAUAACAUAUUGCUCCUAAGCUGAAGGGACUGUCCACUUAUUUAGUAUUUGAUGAAGUUUACAUUUUUAGGGCCUAGACUCCCACGUGCACUUAAUGAUCCCAGGACUAUUUGCAGAACCCAGAUAAGUGCUUGAUAGCACUGCUGACAGCCUCACAGAACCCACGACACAGGAAAACCCCCAUUCUCAUUGGCAUCCUUUCCAAGCUGCUUCUCCUAUUGAAUAAAGGGGUUGGUUCCAGUGGGUGUACCCUGCACUAAAUGCAGUUUUGCUUUUCAACUUGUCAGGACCCCUUUCAAGGGAAAGUUGGUUUCUUUUUCCCAUACCAUGUUUCACCUGAAGAAUGAGCCUUCCUAUCCUUGCUUGCAUUUGAGUCUUUCUUGGGUCAUUAGUGGGUCCCCUAUACAUGCUGGGUAAUGAGAUUCUGCAGCAUAGGUUGCUCUCCACAUGGCAGGAGACAAGGCAGGAGCCCUGACCUGUCCUCCAAUUCCACUCUCAGCUGGUUAGCAGCACAGGAGCAGGAGAGAGAGCAGCAGAGCUGAUGACAUGGACCAUACUGAGGAGUCAAGGAGGCAGCAUCAUGACUCCCAUUACAAGGCAUGGCCCAUGACCUAUGACAGAGAGACCAAUACAAUAAAUAGCUUUUAAUGCAGCUGCAUGACCAGUGCCUUUAAGCUAUACAGAUACCUCAAGCCUAGCUUCUCCUGAAAUGCAGAUGUUGAUAUUAGACUCCAAGAAGGAAGCGUCACGUGCCCAGGCCAUUAUGAGUCUGUUUCAGGGAGGUAGGGAAUGAAGUCUUCCUCGGGCCCAGAGGUUGGAAGUGACAUAUGCUUUGCUGACCAGUUGUUAGGCCUUAAAUAUUAACCAGGGUAGUGUCGGGCACACUGCUAUGCAUGUCAAUUUUCUUGGUUUUCAAACAGCAGGAUCUAGAGACAUACGUUGCUUUAUAUUCAGCUAAAUAUAAUCUGGUCAUUCCAGGUAAACUUGGCAAAUGGUGAAGCAUGAACUUUUAUAAUUUGACUUAAUCCUAAUAAAAUUUUGUUACAAAGUAUAAUGAUAUUGGCCAAAGCUUUAUUUAAGGCAUUUUCUCUGUCUGUACUAAUUGGCUGUUCUAAGCCCUUGUACUUGAAGUGACAGGUGAAGCAGGCACUGAAAGGUAACAUAAGGGAGACACAAGGGUCCUAUGACCCAGGAAAAGCCCAUAGAGACUGGCAGGCCUAGUCAUCCAUCCUUCAAUGAUGACAAUGCAGAAAGCAGUGUUGGGCUGGGAGGAUGUGACAGGGAAGGGAAAGCCAGUCAAACAGAGGGGGACAGCCUCCUCCUCUUACACUGCAGGUUACCAGAAAUCAUGAGGAGCUUCAAAAAUAAGGGAGGAGAUUCUAGGGGAGAAAGGAAGAAAGACAGAAGGUAAGGAUCCAUCUUAUUUCUGUCCUUAUCAUGUGAAAAAAAGAGAUGAGAGUUUGGUGUUUUGUUUCUUUCCCUUUGUGUGGAGAAAAACAUACAGGGAAAGAGAAAAUCCCCCCAACACAAACAUUAAUGGGGGCAGGAGUGGAGAGAAGGGAGAAAAACACGACAUAUCAGAUGGAAAUGAGAUGGGUGGGGAGGGGGAGGUACACAAUUUAAACCCAGCACCAACUCACUAAGAGGACAUAGCAAAAGUAGCCACCUGUCCCACAGGCAAAGCUAUUUUCCUGCUUAGAAAAAAGUCUCUUCCAGAGAAACAUCAUGAACCAUUGCCAACAAGGGAAAGGAGGGGCUCUUUAAUCUGGGCUGGGCCACUUAUUCCAGCUGAGUCCAGGUAGGUACAGGAUUGGGAGCUGGAGGAAAUACUGCUCUGCCCAAUCUGUAAGAUGUGUUCCAGUUUCAAGAUGUGAUUUCCAGCCUCUUUCCCUCGGAAUCAGCUCAGGACCCAAACAGAGGCUAGUGUCCCAGUUAGUAAUUUGUAAAACCAAAUUCCGUUUAUGCUCCUGUUGUGAAGGAUAAUAUUUGAGGGUCUUAAGAAAUGUUCUGUGCUUUGAUCAGCAGCAUCAGGACUGUGAAAUUCAAACCUAUUAUUUACUGCCAGUUUCUAAUGAAUAAUAAAGUCAAAGGAGCUUUAUUCAAAGCACUAACACUUCCACUCAUUAUUAGAGCUUUGUUAAACAGGACUCUAAUACACUAAUUGACUUUUAGAGUUCUUCCUUAUGUUUCUUACCAUGUGUACAUCAAACACACACCCAUUCCUGUGCACGUGUGCAUUUACACGCUCAUACAUGCACACCCACGCACACAUGCAGAGUUCCACUGGCUGUCAGGGUCCCAGCUAGAGGUUCCACAGCGUCUCCCCAUUACUCAAUGCCUGUCUGAGCAAGUCUCAAGCCUGGUGGCUGUGCCAUCAGGUCUUCAUUCAUGAAAUUUCAAGAUACUUUUUGGAGGGCAACUUAAUGACAUAAAACAAAGCUGAAAAAAUUCAAAUACCCUUUGGCCACCAAUUUCAUGUGCAGAACUUUUAUUCUAGAUAUUUGAAAACAUUAUACAUAUAAAGGGUACUUACUAAAACAACUGAAUUGCCAUCCUGGUUAAAUAAAACAGCACAACCAUCUCAUGAAACAGCAUCAUCUGUACUGAUAUGGAAUAAUCUCCAAAUAUAUUUUAAACAAAAAUAAGCAGCAAGAUGCAGUGCAGAGUGGAUAGUAUGCUGCCAUUCUGGAAGGUUAAAGGAGCAAUUGGUAGUAUAAUUACCUUUUAAGAACUGAGGGGAGACCUAAUGUUUGACUUUUUUGCCUUUUUAGUUUUGUAUACUGUAGAUGCACUACUUACUCAAAAAUAAAUUAAGUAAUAAUAAUAAGAUUCCUAUGAAAUAACUUACUGAAGUACUGAGCUACAAUAGGAAGUGGAGUACAAACUGAGAAAAUUGAUACUUUCGCCAUGGUCUUUGAGACCUUGAGAAUGCAAAGUGUACCAGCAAAGUACCAAUACCUUCUGGGCUUAUUCAUUUUCAUCAUUCAACACACAUUAAUGCAAACUAGGUAAAAGGUCUUUGACAUUUAAAGACAAAUAUGACUCAGUCUUAUCCAUCAAAUAUCUAGUAGAAGACAGACACCUAAAAAACAAUUGAUUCCUUGUAAAUACCAAAACAUAUGAUAAAGCUAUAGUAAACAAAGGAGUGUGAUAUUGACCAAGACAUAAACAAAGAGACCAAGAAAAUCUACUACAAAGCACAGAAACAAACUCAUGUAUAUAUUUACAAACUUAGUUCAUAAAAAAUGUCACUUCAAUUUGGGGGUGGGAAUGAAUGGA